UGACAAUGACAUUUUCAAAAUGGGUGGGUUGACGCAAAAAAAUAAGCCUUCGUCCUCCAACAUGUUUCAGAGAAGUCUUAAAUGCACAGUGAAAAUUGAAAUCCAAACUAUUACUUGCCCAGGGGUUGUACUGCCCAAUCAGGAAGACGUAUACCUGAGCGUCUGCAUUAUGGGACAGUUUAAGAAGACUCGCUGUCUACCUCCUGUAUUCCCUCUUUUAUUUCAUGAGAAGAUGAUUUUUAUGAAGACGUUCUCAGGAGUUGCUGAUCCAGGUCAAAUUGCAAAUCUUCUAGAAGCUGACACCACAUCAUUUGAACUGAUUCAGCUGGUGCCUCCAGAGGGAGAUAGUUUGGCCACAAUCGAAGAGAACACCAGAGACUUCCUUUAUCCAGGCCCCAGGCUGACGACAUCGCCUCGAGCCGCUGGUCCUGGGAGAGAGAUGCUGAUGAGCAGAUCCGUCUCGUUCCCUGGAAUCUCUCCCAAGGUGGAGUUUGCAAGCACGUCGAUCAUUGAGGAAUGUGAUUGGACAGAUAGGCCCAGUCAGCCUCAGCUGGCCUCCCCUCCAUGCUGUAGUCCAUCCUCAGCCAAAUGGUCCCCAGGCAGACAAAGACCAGAACAGGGGGCUGUUGGGAUCCCCAAGAAGCCACUGAAAGGGAAGGAGUUGAAUCGGAAUGCACCAUCCAGUGGAUACAGGAAGCCCACCGUGGCUUCCCAGACCCGGUCCCCUUCUCCUUACACCCACCGCCGGAUGUGUCAGCUGUCUGAAGAGGCCAGACAGAGACUCAGCCACUUCCAUCUUGGGCCCCACAGGUUUAAAAAGGAAACGGAACCACAGGUCCCCUUUGUGGUCUCCCGUACUGCGAGUGCCUCCAUGAUCGAGACCCCUUCUCGUUUCUCUCCCUCUAAAAUGACCCUUCCCCACAGCAGGUCCACCAGCUUUGCUGCAGACCGCUCGGACAAUUCUUCUCUCCUUGGCAGCUACAGGCCAGUUCGAAAAUCCCCAGGGAAGUCUUUCAGUACCCCGGUCAGGGUGGCCAGGUCAGCCCUGGCAGCACAUUGUUCAACCCCUGCAGCUGGCCCAAGAAGUCCCCAACUCAGUCCCCUGCUCAGCCGCUCCUCCCUCAGAGAGAGGUUCCACACUGCGUUUAGUCCAUCUGAUGAGAUCCACAGUCGAGUCCAAAAGGUUCUCCACACUCAUGGGGCUGACAGGAAACUACACUUUGAUGAGGAUGGGUGUUGGACCAAGCCGGGACCUCAGCUCUUCCGUAAAGACUCUUCAUGUAACGGCCAGGUCUUCCAGGACAGAGUGUCACUGGGAGAAACUUCUGUCCACCUGGACAACGCAACGUUUUGGAGCAGCCAGGCUGCCCGCUACUCAGGGAAACCCCACAGGGCUGUGUUUGAGGAGAGCCUGGGACGCAUCUAUAAGAACAUGUACAGAAGGGCUUCCAGCACCGUCUGAGAUCUAUGGUCACCUGAAUUUAUUUGCUCCAUUUGUAAAGACGAGCAAGGGAAGGCUGUAUCAAAUGAAUGAAGUGGAACAGUCUGCUGCCUGAAUGUGUGAGCAAAAAUAAACCCAUACCCACUGUAAAA